UUCAUAUGUUUUCAAUCUCAAUUCCCUUGAUUGAAUGUUUUGUCAAUUGCAUAUUUAAAUGUCAUUUCAGUUUUGGUUUGUGAUUGAGACUAGAUUUUCUCAACAACAUUCAGUGUCAUCCUUAUCUUUAGCUAUAAAAACAUCAUCAGUUACCAAAGCACAAAUUAAGGAGGCUAAUUAACAAAGAUUACCCUUUAUUUUUCAUCUUUUUCGAACUUUUUGAUAUAUUCAAAUUCAAAAUAUGGAAGAGGGAAGCUAAGAAAAGAAGAAAAUUCUUGUACCCAAAGCUUCAAAAAUCACUAACAAACUCUGCCAAGUCUUGUCUUUUAAGCAAAACCCUCAACCAAAAGAGGACCUUCUAUUCUCUCCUAGUUGUCCACUUUACUUUGCCAAAUGCAGCAAAAGUGACUGCUCAAUUGAAGACACUUAUCACGAAAUUACUUAUCAAAUAGAUAAAGGGAAAAGGAGAAGAAGAAGAAGAAGAAGAAGAAGUGUUCUGAUCAAAUCAGCAGUCCACUGUGCAAGAUGGGUUCAUAUGGAACCCCCAAAAAAAUGUGGAGUAGUUCUGAUUUGCUCGAAAAUUCUUGUGGAUAUCUACUUCAAGAAUUGAAGUUGAUAUGGGAUGAAGUAGGGCAAGAUAAAUUGGAAAGAGAGAAGAUCCUUUUAGAAAUUGAACAAGAAUGUUUGGAAGUCUACCGACGGAAAGUCGACAAUGCAAAUCUUUCUCGAGCACGUUUGCAUCAGUUGCUGGCUGAUUCCGAGUCGGAAUUGACUCAUUUGCUUGUUUCUCUUGGUGAAAGAUCUGUUCCUGGCAGGCCGGAAAAAGUGAUGGGAACACUAAUGCAACAACUAGAUUCAAUUACUCCAGCUUUAAGGGAAAUGCAAUUAAGGAAAGAGGAAAGAUUGAAUCAUUUUCGCGAUGUCCAAAAUCAGAUACUUAAAAUUUCUUCAGAAAUAGCAGGACACUUAAAGGAGGAGGAGCUUUCCUCUUCAGAUGUCCAAGUGAAUGAGGAUGAUCUUUCAAUGAAGAAACUUGAGGAGUACCGAUUUGAGUUACAACGACUACAAAAAGAGAAGGGUGAUAGACUAAUGAAGGUGGAAGGAUACUUACGUGAUGUCAACAAUCUUUCGGCAACUCUUGGGAUGGAUGCUUCAGAAAUAAUCAAAUUGGUUCAUCCCAGCUUGGAUGGAACAUGCAAACCAAAUCAACAGAAAUACAUAAGUGAUGCUACACUUGCUAGACUUAACAGCACUGUCGAAUCUCUGAAGGAAGAAAAGCAAAUCCGACUUGAAAAGCUUCACAAACUCGGCAAAGCACUAACAAACUUGUGGAGUCUCAUGGACACAUCCUACGAAGACCGUAGACUGUUUUCUAAUGUAACCAAGUUCAUAUCAAUCUCAGCAGCUGAAAUAUCAACUCCUGGAAGCCUGACGCUUGACAUAAUCCAUAGGGCCGAAGCUGAAGUUCAGAGAUUGGAUCAACUAAAAGCAAGCAAGAUGAAAGAACUUUUUCAUAAGAAGCAAGGUGAACUGAAAGAUAUAUGCAAGAGGACUCACAUGGAAAUGCCAUCCCAGUCAGAGAUUGACAAUAUAAUGAACCAAAUAAAUGCUGGGGAAAUUGACCACACUGAUCUCCUUAAAAUCAUGGAUGAGCAAAUAUCGAAAGCAAAAGAAGAAGCUUAUAGUAGACAGGUAAUAAUGGAGAAGGUAGACAAAUGGAUGUUGUCUCGCGAUGAGGAAUGUUGGCUGGAAGAGUAUAACAUGGAUGAAAAUCGGUAUUCAGUUAGUAGAGGUGCUCACAAGAACCUGAAACGGGCAGAACGUGCACGAAUAACGGUUAACAAAAUCCCUGCUUUAGUAGAAUCACUAAUAGCAAAGACUAAGAGUUGGGAAGAUGAAAGGGAGAAGGUUUUCUUGUUUGACGAGAUACCUCUACUAGCAAUUUUAGAAGAAUACAAUUCAUCCCGGCAAGAGAAGGAAGAAGAGAAACAAAGACAAAGGGAAAAGAAGAGAGUACAAGCUCAAGUUGAGCAAGAGAAUUUGUUCACAUCAAGACCAAGUACAAGUAAUCGUCGUCUUUCAAUUUCAAGCAGAAGUAUAAACGGAAGUUUUGGCAAUGCUACUCCGACUACACCUACAAAUAGAAGACUCUCUUCUGUGGGAACCAAUCAUUUAAGAUCAAAUAACAUUGUUCCAUCAUCCUUUACAAAGGAGAACAAGAAAGGACAUGGACAUUUUAGAAAAUCUUCUCAUGGUAUCGAUGAGGAUACAGCUUCAGUCGUCUCAGCCAUGCAUUUAAGCCCGUUUUAUCGUUGAAUUGUUUUUUGGUUAUUUGGUUCGAGUUGAGGUGAUACUUGCCUUAGUUUCAGUAAUAAGAAAAAGUUUGUUAGUUAGAUUAAAGAUAAUAAGUUUGUUUCCAUGGUAAUGUAAUCAAACUAGUACAAGAAUAAGUUGUCAGUUUCUUUCUUAUGCAUAAACUGAGACCAUGUAGCUUGCUUUU